AUGUUGCAUGUGGAUAAAGUGGACACGUUGUUAGCUGAGACGGUGAAAAUAUCAGCUUCCAAACUGACACCGUUUCAAUGUUAUAAAUUCCAUUUGAGACUCAACCAUGAAGGUAAACUGUUGAGAUCUUACUGUGUGAUCAAGUCGGAUAAAGACGGAACCAUCGAUCUUUCGAGAGAUGCACCUGUUCGUGGGACUUAUCAUGAAGUAGAUUCGAUGGGACUAUUUCGAACAGUUGAGUUGACAGACGAUGUUACUUUAGGAACAUAUGUCAGCAAUCCCAUGGCUACUCCGUUUUUCUACAAAUUGCAAUUAAUCUCCGAAUCUGAAGAAAUUAUUGAUGAAGUCAAUAUGAAGAAACGUUGGACUCAUCCUUCAGUCAUUCAAGUCGAUAUUGUACAAGACGGAAUGUAUGGCGUUGUGUUCAAACCACCUGGUCCUGGGCCUUUCCCAUGUAUAAUUGAUGUCCAAGGAGUCUCAGGGCGUCUCACCAAAGGUCAUUCUUCAGUUUUGUCUGCUGAGGGAUUCAUGGUUUGCACUUUUGCAACAUUCAGAUAUGAGGAUUUGCCAGAGAAACUUCAAGAUGUCGACAUAGAAGUUUUCUCGAAGCACUUCCGCUACGUGCAAUCUCUACCAUACUGCUCUGACAAGAUCGCUCUGUUUGGUCUGUCACUUGGAGGCACUAUUGUCAAUUAUCUAGCCAGCAAACACCCGGAAUUGACAGCAGUUGUCUCAAUUAAUGGUCCCGAAUCAUUUUAUAGUCCGACUGGCGUUUUCAAAGAGAAUGGAAAACCGAUGCAUUGCGAAGAAAUUGAUGAAUCACUUCCAGUUGCUAUCAAUGGAGUACAUAAACAAGCACCAAUGUUUUUAGAGACUUUCAGUAAACUCAAACCUGAAACUAGUUUAAAAUGGAAUGAAAUAUCAAGAAAUAUUGCUUUUAGAUUAGUGACAUCAAUUGACGACUGGAUGCUAUGCGGUGUUACUCAUUCCAUUAGGAAUCGAGAGAAUCUUUUCAAAACGGGCCAUAAUGUUGAAAUCGAAUUGGUUCCCGGUGGUCAUUACAUCCAUGUUCCAUACUUUCCUUAUCAUUAUUUGUAUGCUUACAGUAGCGAAAUGUUCUUGGGUUUCGGUGGGGACCGCAAUCCUCAUACAAAGUCUCAAGUGAAAGUUUGGAAUAAUCAUUUGAAGUUUUUGAAAAAGCACUUGGGAACCCCCGCUAAAUUGCCGAAUUACGAUAGGGAAACCUAUGUUGAGUUUCCAGGAGAAAUUAAUAGUAAACUUUGA